CGGGGAGAAUAAAUAGAGCCAGCAGCCCGAGGGUGGGGCAGACGGCUUCAUCAUGUCUUCUGGAGGUCUUCUUCUCCUGCUGGGACUCCUCACCCUCUGGGCAGAGCUGACCCCCGUCUCCGGCCAGGACCGUCCAAAGUAUUGUGAUCUUCCUGCUAACCCCGGACCAUGUAGAGCAAAAAUAACUCGCUUUUACUACAACUCGGAUUCAAAACGAUGUGAAAAGUUUAUUUAUGGUGGAUGCCACGGCAAUGCCAACAAUUUUGAGACCAAAGAGAAAUGUCAUUACACCUGUGUCGAAAAACCUGGGGUGUGUCCCAAGGCCCAUCCAGGCACAAUCACUAUUUGUCCUGUGAGAUGUCAAAGUGACUGGCAAUGUGAUGAGAAACGGAAGUGUUGCACUUAUGCUUGCAUUACUGACUGCAUGGAUGCUAUCUAAGGUAACACCGAUAAA